AUGGCGUUUUUGGCAAAGGGUAUCAAGUGUGAUCUUAUAGUGUUGGCAACUGAAAUGGGGGAGGAACCGAAAUCUGAUAUGACAGUAUAUGGGCUAAAAACAUUAAUCACUGGCAGUCAGGUAUAUGAAGAAGAAUUUGUGAAAACUUUACUAGAAACAAUAAUCUCUACAAGAAAGGAACAAGAGUUGAAAUUGCAGAUGGAAGCAACAAAGAAAGAUAACGAGUUGAAAUUGCAGAUGGAGAUGGAAGCAAGGAAGCGAGAGAUGGAAGCAAGGAAGCGAGAGAUGGAAGCAAGGGAGCGAGAGAUGGAAUUUGAAUUGGAAAAGAAAAAAAUAGAAGCAGGAAUGGCUGCAUCUAAUGCUAGUUCAGCUAGUGUUGGACAAUUUCAUAUCAAUCCGCAGAUAGAAAUUUCCAAGUCCAUGCCGAAAGUCGACGAAAAAGAAUGUGACAUUGUCUUAUAUAUGUCAUUGUUUGAGAGACAAGUCAAGAGGUUGAAAAUUGACGAGGAAAACUGGGUGUCAUGCUGGAUAAGUGCUUUGAAUGUCACAGAUUUGGAGGGACUGAAAGAUUUGAUCAUUACGGAUCAAGUAAAGAAGAGAGUUCCACAAGAGGUUCGUGACCAUUUUGUUGACGUAUGGGGGACAUUAGUCAAACCCCAAGAUUUAGCAGACAAGCUAGACGAGUACGAGUGUAUUCGAAAACCUUAUCGGAGACCGUCGAAUCCAAAUCCCAAGGCACAUCAACAAGUAAAUGUUAGAAAUAACGCCUUUAGCCGUGAUAACAGAGACUAUAAUAAUAGUCCUAAACAGAUGAAGCAAGAUAAAGGUUUCACACGGAAUAGAUACGAACCAAAAAACCGUCCAAAGUUUACUUGCUAUUUCUGUGGAGUGGAUGGUCACGUAAAGAAGUUCUGUCCCAAACUUUUAAAGACGAACUCAGAUCAAGAUAGUAGAAGAAAGGCAAAUGUUCACAGAACUGUCGUGGACCCAGAACCGGUAACUAAGGAAACGGCAGUAGUGGCUAAAGUGAUGUCUCACAGACGACCUUCUCUUGAUAAAGGUCUUUGUAAUCUAGAAAAGAUACGUAUAAGUGUGAAUGGAAAGCCUGCAACAGCUUUAAUUGAUUCUGGCACUGAAAUAACUGUAGUCAGAAGAGAUAUAUUGACUGAUUUUCCUGUUGAAGAUAAGGCUUCAAUUUAUAUAAAAGGCAUUUUUGGUCCAGCGGAGAAAUGUUCCCUUGUCAAUAUUCCAAUGGGUGUCAUCGUUGGCGAAGACGGGAACAUGAUUCACCAAGAAGUGCUGUGUGCAGUUGCUCCUACUCUGGUGGAUGAUGUACUGUUGCCCCCAGAAAUAAGGGACAAGCUGCAGGGUGUUCAAGAAAAUUAUUUCGUUGAUAUUUCCGAAAAGGACACAGAACCGAAGACAAUUAAAGAUAGAGAAAUCGUCGAUGAAACAAGUGAUGAUAACCCAGUCUUGGGAAGUGAAGAAAUAAGGGCAUUAUCUGUGGAAAAUUCAGAAAAGAAUGCUAAAGAACAAUCAAGGUCGGACGAAUUUCUUAAAGAUCAAGUGGAUUGUCCAGAUUUGGAAUAUGCUAGAAAAUGUGCAAAUGAAAAGUCCGGAGGAUAUUAUGUCCAUAAUAAAUUUUUGUUUCACAAAGAAAAAGUUUUAGGGGAGUCCGUUGCUCAGCUAGUUUUGCCUAAGAAGCGUAGACUUGAAGUUCUAAAUUUAGCUCACUGUUCGGUAUUUGGAGGUCACAUGGGCGCAAGAAAAACUGCUGAAAGAAUAAGGUAUUCUUUUUACUGGCAUGGAAUAUCCAAAGAUGUCAGAGCUUUUUCUCAACAGUGCAAAGAGUGUCAGUUGACAAGGCGAAUAAAUCAAAAGGACAGAGUACCAAUUACUCCUGUGGCAAGACCAGAAUUGCCGUUCCAAGUUGUAAACAUCGAUAUCAUUGGACCUAUAGAUCCGCCAAGUGCAAAAGGUCACAGAUAUAUAUUAUGUCUAGUUGACCAACACACGAGAUGGGCUGAGGCAGUACCACUGACCAGUCUAACUGCCAAAGCUACAUGUGAAGCACUGUUAACCAUCUUCAUGCGGACAGGUGUGCCUAAUAUAAUAGCAUCAGACAAUGGGACUAAUUUCAAUGCUAGUUUGACACAAGAGUUUGAAAAAAGAAUGGGAUCCAGCCCAAGAUUUUCGACACCAUUGCAUCCAGAGUCGAAUGGGCUGGUAGAAAGAUUUAAUCAGACGUUAAAGCACAUGCUACAUCAUGUCAUUUUGGAAGAGCCACGUACAUGGCAUACAAAAAUACCAUUCAUUUUGUGGGCCUAUCGAGAAGUCCCCAACAGCACGACCGGCGUAGCACCUUUUCAGUUGUUAUAUGGACGAAAACUAGAAGGACCCUUAUCUAUUCUGAGGAACACUUGGGUGGCAGAUGAAGAGGGUUUGCAGUUGGAUACUACUCCAGUACCUCUUUACAUGGAAAAGCUUAAGAAGCAGCUAGAAGACGCAGCUGAGAAAGCAAAAUUGAUUUCAACAGUACAGCAAGAAAGAAUGGCUCGUUAUUACAAUUUGAGAUCUACGAAGAAAGUAUUUAAUCCAGGAGACAAGGUAAUUGUUCUAUUACCUGAUUCUAGAAACAAGCUUUUAGCUAGAUGGCAAGUUCCAUGUACCAUCGAAUCACGAAAGAAUGAACAUUCAUUUUUAGUGAAGAUGCCUGAUGGUAGUCUGAGGCAUGUGCAUCAAAAUAAAAUGAGAGAAUUUAUUGCUAGCUCCGGAAGUGUGAAUGUCAUAUUCGAAGGGGAAGAAGAAUUUGGUGACAUCGAAAAUACUCCAUUGAAAGAAGACUCCUUUUGGCAGGAAGUAAAAUCCGUAGCCUCACCUGACUUAUUAACUACGCAGCAGACAGAAUUGGAGAAAUUAUUAAAAGAAUUUGAACCCUUAUUCAAAAGACCAGUGCAACCAGUUGCAAUAGGGGAGCACGUGAUUGAACUUUUGCCCAAUAUUACUAGACGGAAACCGCAUUCCUACAGUGUUCCAAUGUCUUAUAGAGCAGAGGUUGACAGACAAGUGAAAGAACUGUUGGACUUACACUUGAUUGAACCUUCGAAUGCAGACAUUACAUAUCCUAUAGUAUGUGUGGCAAAGAAGGACGCAUACAUUCGAAUGUGUAUUGACUAUAGAGCUCUUAAUGCUGUAACAAAAGUUCCUAAUUACCCCAUGAAAGAUACACAAGAAUUAGUUUUUACUGCGGGAAUGGCUCAGUGGCCAAGUAAAGUUAUCAAGCAGGGACAAGUUCAAGAAGUUGCAACUGCAGUUAUGGAUCAGACAAUAGUUAAUAAGCAGGUUAUCAGCAAUUCACGUUCAAUAUCACGACAAACACAUACUCAAUUGUCGACGAUGCAGAAGAUCUUGCGUAAGAUCCUGAAAUUUGCUAGCCAAGUUGCUAGAAAAAACAACAGUAUAGCAGGUGUUGUUGAAGUUGGGGAGGGAGAUCAGAGAUUGACCACCAAGUGGCUAGAGGUCAGCCACCUCGAAGAGGAUUCUAGUUCAGAGUAUUGGCCAGGGACAUAG